GAGAGCAGGAUGGGAAACCGGCUCUGCUGCGGGGGAAGCUGGAGCUGCCCGUCAAUUUUCCAGAGGAAAAAGAAAAUGGGGGGUCAACCAAGACGAACUCUGAAGCAGCAGCAGCAGAAGCAGAAUGGCACAAAGGGCCAUGACACAACAGGACUUGCGUGUGAGCGAGUGUUGAGGCAGCCUGCGUCUCAGGAGAGGAGCCAAGGCCUCAGGUCAGAGGACAGCAGCUUACAUUAUGCAGUCAUUCAAGUGUGCAGCCAUCCCCAGCCACGCUCUGCCCGGGAGGUGAAGCACCAGCAGUCAGAAAAUGCGACAGAGUAUGCCACCCUUUGCUUCCCCCAGGCCACACCCUGCUAUGACAGCAAGAACGGAACCCUAGUGUGAGCCGUGGGGAGACAGGACCAGUUUCCAUCAUUUCACUGCUACUCUGGUGGGAGAAUCGGCUGCUUCGGGGAACUGGGUGGCAGCCCAGGAAUGGCAGCCACAUUUAGAGCUUAAAGAAUUCAGGAGCCCCUGGAGUUGUGUGUCCCCAGUCUUGCUCUCUUCCCUGUACCUAUCUUAUUUGCCACUGUUAACUUGGAGUUGUAUUUGGGUUUGUCAGGGGUGGGUGAAGUUGUUCUUAAAAUAAAGGGGCUAGGUUGAGUGUGCAGGAAGGUAGGUUUUGACCCCUACCUUUGCUCCUGCUCUCAAGAAAAGUGCAGGAAAAAACAGGUUACCCUUUAAACACUUGGGCUGAUCUUGUUAAACUUAAUUUAAUGGUAUCCCUUUUACAUACCUGAACAUCCAAAGCUGAAGAAGAGGUGCUCUGAAAGAUUUCUGAGCUUUUGUACAAGCCCCUAGGCCUGGCUUGGGCC